UUUCUUCUUCUUCCUCUCCCUCCUUAUUUUCUUCAAUAAAAAAAAAGCUAUCUUAAUCCUCUGCAGAAAAAAAAACGCAAUCUUUAUCACUCACUCUAUUGCCGAUGGAUAUGUCACUGCCGAUGAACAAGUUGCCAAUUGGAGUUGGAGAUGGAUCAGCUGAACCCCAGGAAAAGAUGUAUGUAGUCUUGGUAUCAACUGGAAGCUUCAAUCCACCCACGUACAUGCAUCUUCGCAUCUUCGAGUUGGCAAGAGAUGCGUUGACAACUCAAGGGUUUUGUGUUAUUGGAGGUUACAUGUCACCCGUGAACGAUGCAUAUAACAAAAAGGGUCUUGUAUCUUCUGUACAUCGAGUGCAAAUGUGUGACCUAGUUUGCCAAAACUCGGAUUUUGUAAUGGUGGAUCCUUGGGAGGCAAAUCAAAGCACGUAUCAACGCACAUUGACUGUUUUGUCAAGAAUUAAGAACCAUUUGUGUGAGGCUACAAAAAUACCCAAAGAAUCGCUUAAAGUAAUGCUUGUUUGUGGGUCUGAUCUUCUUCAAUCAUUUGGCAUUCCUGGAGUUUGGAUUCUUGACCAGGUUAUGGCUAUAUUCAAAGACUAUGGAGUGAUUUGUAUUCGUAGAGAAGGUCAGGAAAUUGAGAAGAUUAUAUGUGAUAAUGAUAUUCUGAAACAAUACAAGGAUAACAUUAUAAUUGUCGAUGAAGUUGUGCCAAACCAAAUUAGUUCAACAAAACUAAGGAAUUGCAUUUCAAGGGGGUUGUCAGUGAAAUAUUUGACUGCAGAUGAAGUUAUUGAUUAUAUUAAGAGAUUUAAUUUGUACAUCAACAACUCCAGUGAAACAAACUAUUAGUCAGUCGGGUUUUUGACAAACAUGAAAACUACAUGUAUCCUUGUACAUCUAAAUUAUGUUUUUUCUUAUCUUUC